UCCAGGCUGAGACGUAGUCCCGGGAGCAGCAGCGGCAGCGGCAGCGGCAACGGCAGCAGCGGCGGUCAAGGCCAAGGCCACGGCCACGGCCACGGCCGCGGGACGGGAGGAGAUGCUGCGGCUCCUGGAGGUUCGCUAACUUUACAUUGCAGGAGAGGCAGGGGAGACGAGGAAGAGGAAGAGUGAGCCGGGCUCGCAGACCGCGAUGCCGAGGGUCGUCUGUUAGUUGUGUCAAAGGGGUGUAAGCUCUUUAUUUCUUGGUGAGAGGGCUGGCAGAUGUCCCAAGUGGGAGAACCUCUUCCUCCUGGGCCUGAAGGGCCAAAGCGUGGAGCUGAGUCUGAAAGCAGCUUUUUGAUCUCACUCCCUGGGGAAAAAUGUGACCAAGACAAUACAGAGAGAGCUAUUACACCCCCCACCAAUAGUCUAUUUAUGCAUGGAGAGAAUCAAGACCAGCCCAUCUGGGGAAAUCGUUCAGAUGGCGAUCUCAUCAGAACACAACCUCAACGCUUGCCUGAGCCCCAAACUUCAGCACAGGAGCAAAGUGAGGAAGAAAUGGGCAAGAUCAAGAAUGGUCACACAAAUCUGAGAAAUGGAAAUGGAAUCCACAAUGGGGUUCGGCAUGUCUCUAUAGAAAACAGAAAACUUUCUGCACCUGUUUCACAAAAAAUGCAUAAAAAAAUUCAGUCCAGCUUGUCCGUAAGCAGUGAUAUGAGCAAGAAGAGUAAAGUAAGCGCUGUCUUUUCUCAAAAACCAGGCUCAUCACCUGAAGAUUGCUGUGUUCACUGUAUCCUGGCCUGCUUGUUCUGCGAGUUCCUGACCCUCUGCAAUAUCGUAUUAGGACAAGCAUCAUGUGGCAUCUGUACCUCGGAGGCCUGCUGCUGUUGCUGUGGUGAUGAAGUAGGAGAUGACUGUAACUGCCCUUGUGACAUGGAUUGUGGCAUAAUGGAUGCCUGUUGUGAAUCAUCAGACUGUUUAGAAAUCUGUAUGGAAUGCUGUGGAAUUUGUUUCCCAUCAUAAAUAUUUAUCCCUUAUUUUAUUUCAUUCAAAACUGGAGUUUUUGUUGUUGUUGUUGUUUUAAAUUCUCCUAAGGGGGAAAAAGCAUCACAAGAUUCUCAUGAAACAAACCAGUUACUUGCACUGUUGCCUCUCUUUUUUUUUUUUAAGACUCUUUGAAAACUCCAUAUCAUAACCAAAUAUGUAUGGUUUUAUGUGUGAAAUUGUAACUACUUUUUUUCCUUUAAUACUUUGCUUAAAUUAGUGGGAGAUUUUGAAAAAACACACACACAAAUAUUCAUUUUUCUCCUACUUCUUAGCUAGAUAACCAUUCCUGGAAGCCUCCUUGCUCCAACCAUUUAUUUCUGAAUGAGUAUUUAAAAAAGAAAAUUUAUUUUUGUUAUGCGUCUAUUAAUGUUUAAAAUGAACUAUUCUUUGUAGUUUAAAUUAGAGAGAACAAACUCAAAGCUGUCCUAAAAACAAAAUUGUGGGAGCUCAGGUCUCAGAGACUUUCCACAUUUGUUACUUGAAGAAUUUCAUUUCAUACCAAACUUUAGAAGUCAAGAUGAAAACUCUUUGUACUCUUAAUCAAUUACAAUUAAGUAUACAUAGCCAUUUUAAAGCAGUAAAAAAAAAUACAGUAUUAAGGAUAAAAUGUGUUGGCUAAGAUUUACCAAAAUGUGUAUUUUGUUAUAGCUGAUUAUAAUAUUUUUGGUUUCAUUAUGAGGUUUUAUGUUGAUAAAAGUAAAAACUUAUGAAGCCGAUACAGUAUAUUCAGAGUGAGGAAAUGCCAGUGCCAACAAGAGGAGCAACAUUAGUAAAUUUGCAGUUUAAUUUGAAACUUUGUGGGUGUUUGCCUUUUUUGGAGUUGUUUUGGUUUCUGUUGGAUUUUAACUAGUCUUAAAGCAACAGAUUACAUAGAUGGCAAUUACAACAAACUAUUGCUUAACAAUGCAGUGAGAAUUCCUAUUUCCACCAUUGUGACUUGACUAGAUUUCAAGAUUUCCAGUCUUGAAAUUAGCCAAGAUGUCAAUGACACAUAUUAUAUAUUCACCUUAUGUCUUAGGAAAGUAGGAAAAGACAAGGAGAGUUAUAGCUGAUUUGAGACUUAACAACAUUUGUGUAUUUUGUUAGAAUGAGGAAUAUGUUUCCUUAUUAUGUGUCUCCCUCUGUCUUGAUUUUUUUCUAGAUUGUUAAGUUUGGUUUAAUGUAAUUUUUGUAGAGGUUAUGGAAGUACAUUUUUGGAUUGAUAUUUCUUGCUAUGUAUCUAAUUUAUUGCUUUCCCCAUUCCCAUUUCCCAUUCUUGUCCUUUGUAAUAGAAGAGGACUAAAAUGACAUCACAAUGUCAGGGGUCAGUGUACAAUGUGUCUGACUGUGGUUGAUCAAUUUAAUUAACCUGCCCCUUUCCAUCCAACUAUUAGCAUAGAUAGGCUUUUUAAAAAGGCAUCAUGGCAUUAGUCCUGGAAAUGCAUGGCCAUAGGCUCCAAGGACACAAGUGCCAUCUAUUACCAUAUCCCUUUCAUGAAACCUAGUUAAUAGUUAUUUCAUGUAUUUUUGUUGUUGUUAUUAUUGUUGUUGUUGAGUUAUGUCUGACUCUUCAUGACCUCAUGGACCAUACUGUGCAUGAGGUUUUCUUGGCAAAGAUACUAGAGUGGUUUGCC